AUGUCCGAAGAGUUAGAUGCUAGAAGGAGAGAAUUAUUGGAUCUUAAUACUAGAGCAUGGGAUGGCGAAGAAGUUUUUAAAACGAGCUCUAAACUAGACUCGUCUUUGAAAAAAAACACCACUUUCAUAAAGAAAAUCAGAACAAUAAGCGGUGAUCAAUGUCAGAACAUAUUAAAAGAUGUUAGUACCGUUUCCUUAGAAAAAUAUUUAUCGGAGAUAAUUCUGUCUGUUAGCGCAGGGCUACUUAAAGUUAGUAAAGGUGAUGACAUCUUGGCAGCGAUGGAAAUUGUAUCUGCUUUGCAUCAAAGGUUUUCUACGAGUUUUACGCCAUAUUUAUUCGCUAAUUUCUUGAAUGGAUUAGCCAGUCCUAGUAGACAACCGGUCAAUGAACAAGAGAAAGAAAAGGAGGAUCAGUUAAGGGUAAUAAGACAAAAAAAUUUAAUCAGACUUUUGAUGGAAUUUUAUUUAAUUGGUAUUUUCAGGACUAUCAAAGACUGUGAUCGUGAAAAUCUUCCUGGUUUUAUAGUUAAAAAGUAUUCUAAAGCCCAAAAUGAAGCCAUAGUAAUCUUAGUGUUGAAAGAUAUACUAAAUUUCGAAAUUAAGCUGGGAAAUUCGUUACCAAUUUCCCAAGUUUUUUUAAAGCGAUUUAGUCACGCAAUAUAUGAUAAUGAUAAUUCUUUGCUUCCUUUUGAAACUAGAAAUAUAUUACAACAAAUCUUUAAAAUAUAUACGCUGGCAAUACUCGAAAUCUUGGUACAAUUAAAUACAAAGUUGGGCAAGCUCACCGAGCGUAAUAAAAAAGCUUCAAUUAGAACAGGUAAAAUAUUAGAAGAAAACAUUACUGAUAUAAACUAUGUUACAUCCUUAUUUGACAAAUUUAAGAAUAGCAGUGAAUUCUUGUGUUCGAUUUUGAAAAUGGAUAUGCCUGAAUUGCCAAACAAUCAACCAGAAGAGGAAGAAAGUGUGGUAACAGGGUUGGUAAAGAAUAAGAGUUUGAAUGAAGAUGACUUAGAAAUAUGGGAUAAUCUUAAAGAAAGAAAUUUUUAUACAAAAAUUCCAGAUAUCUCUGAGCUAAUAUGUAAUAAACCUGAGACUAUUUCUGAAAUAUCAAGCGGUGAAAAGAUAAAUGAAUUUAUUACAAAACUAGAAAAUGUAUCAAACGAACUGGAAAUUGAUGCAUUAGUAUCUGAAUUCGUUAAUUUAGAUUUAAAUAAUAAAGCCACAAGAAACAGAAUAAUGAAAUUUUUCAUCGAGACCCCAAAUAUUAAUAAUUUAAGAUUUUAUUCCCGUUUUUUAAAGAUCAACGAAUCAAGUUUAAAAACAUUAAUUGAUGAAUUAACUACUUAUUUAGACAAAGGAUUCCGUUCUCAAAUUUAUAAUAAUAAGUUGAACUUUAAAAAUAUUUUCUUUUUUUGUGAAUUAAUUAAAUUUAAGCUAAUACCAACCCAUGUUAUUUUUCAUAAGAUUAGAAGUUUAACGAUUAAUAUUUCAUUGACGAACAAUAUCGAUAUCUUGUCUGUUUUUUACGAACAAUGCGGUAGAUUUUUAUUAAAUGAUCCUGAUUACAAAACACUAAUGAAUGAGAUGAUAGAAUUAUUGAAACAAAAGCUGAAAAAUGAUAAUCUUACAGCUAACGACAAAUUGGCUAUUAAUAAUUUACUAAUUGUUGUAAUACCUCCAGCAACAAAAAUUAAUCAGUUACAUAACGAGAAACCAAAAUUGACUGCACAACAACAGUUUAUUAUCAGGCUAUCCAGAUAUGAAUUGAAUUCAAAGACUUUUACGCUUGUAUUAAGAACAUUGAAGAAAUUUGAUUAUUCCAAUGAUGAAGAGUUACAAUCAGCAUUACUAGAUGUUUUUGCAUCACCAGAUUUACUCAACUAUGAAAACAUUGUUGAAUUAAGUAAAUUAUUGGAACAAUUGUCAAAGAAAUACAAAUCAUUAUUAAUUAAAACCGUGGAUACGAUUGUUGAAAAGAUAAUGAGGGGAUUAGAGCUUAAUGAUUAUAGACUUAAUCGAACUAGGAUAUCCCACGUUAAAUUUAUUAGUGAAUUGUAUAAUUUGAAAUUACUAAAUUUCAAAUUUGUCAUUGAUCUAUUAUACAAGAUUUUAUGCUUAGGACACCCAAAUAACCAACCAUUACCUAAUAAUUAUGAUAUAGAAAUUGAUUUGCCUAACAAUUAUUUUAGAAUCCAAUUGUGUUGCAUGUUAUUGAAUAAUUUGAACUCAAUUGUGAAAUCAACUGGAACCAAGAAAUCGUCAAAAUUGAAAUCAAUCAAACGUAAAAAUGAAGUGAAUGAAGAUUUGUUGAGAAUAUUUCUAACUUUUUUUCAGUUUUACUGCUUCUGUAAACAACAACCUAUUCCAAUCGAAAUUGAAUUCCAAUUAAAUGAUCUCUUUACUAAAUACUAUCCUAAUUUAGAGAUGGAUAGAUUCAGAGAUUUAACAGAAUCUAUACAUAAAUUGCAAGAAAUUAUUCAACAAAAGGGAUUUCAACAAACUGAGGAAUACGACGAUGAUGAGGAUGAUGAGGAUGAUGAUGAAGAAGUGGAGGAUGAUGAUGAUGAAUUAGAUAUGGAUGAUGAGGACGAUAGUGACGAUGAUAGCGAUAAUGAUGAGGAUGCUGAUGAAGAUGAUGAAGAAGAAGAUGAUGAUGAUGAUGAUGAGGACGAGGAGUAUGAAGAAGAUGAAGAAAUAGAAAGGGUGGCACAAUUUUCAGAAGAAAAUAAGAAAUUUGCUGAUGACUUGGAUAAAGAAUUCCAAAAAAUUGUCCUUGAUUCUUAUGAAUAUAAUAAGGCCAAUGUAUCUUCAAGGAAUAAAUUUAAUGUUCCAUUACCACCUAAAAUAAAUGCAUCACAAGGAUCGAAUGAAAAUAAGAUUUCUUUUAGUUUGCUAACGAAACUGGGUAAAAAAAAUAAUGUCAAACAGGUCAAUUUACCUACUGAUACCAAAUUUGCGGAAUCGUUAUUAAAGGAGCAGGCCAAUCAAAAAACACAUAGAGAAAGAAUCAUGAAUCUAGUCUUAAACAUGGAUAAUUAA